AUGGAUGAUUUCGGUGACGAUUUAUUUGAUGAUUUUGAAAAACCAUCUGCCAAUUCUUUUUCUGCUGGUGUACAGAAAGCCAAUGAUGACAAACCCAAUGCUGACGAUAACACCAUAAAACGAUCAUUACAACUAUCUGAUGAUGAAGAUGAUAAUUCAAAAAAGACAAAAAAUCCAGAUGAAAUAUCAGCUUUAGAUCUUGAGGUGUCAGCUCCCAGAAUAAAAAUAUUUGCUGUAGAAUCCCUUGAUGGAGAAUCAUGUACACACGAAAUUGCUCUUCCAUUAAAUUUUGAUUAUAUACCAUUAAAUAGAGAUGCCAAUAGAAAACCAGCCAAAGUAUAUGAAUUCGAUUUAGAUCCUUUUCAGAAAGAAGCUAUUGUUUGUAUUGAAAAUAAUCAAUCUGUUCUUGUAUCAGCUCAUACAUCUGCUGGUAAAACUGUAGUUGCCGAAUACAGUAUAGCUUUAUCUCUAAGAGAAUCAAAACGUGUAAUUUAUACCACACCUAUAAAAGCAUUAAGUAAUCAAAAAUAUCGAGAAUUUCACGAAGAGUUUGUUGACGUUGGUCUUAUCACGGGCGAUGUUACUAUUAAUCCAUCAGCUAGUUGUCUUAUCAUGACAACAGAAAUUCUUCGUUCUAUGUUGUAUCGUGGUUCAGAGAUCUUAAAAGAAGUAGGAUGGGUAAUAUUUGAUGAAAUUCAUUACAUGCGUGACAAAGAACGUGGUUAUGUUUGGGAAGAGACUUUAAUAUUAUUGCCAGACAAUGUGCGCUUGGUCUUUUUGUCUGCUACUAUACCUAAUGCUAGACAGUUUGCAGAAUGGGUAGCUCAUUUGCACAAUCAACCGUGCCAUGUAGUGUAUACUGAAUAUAGACCUACGCCAUUACAACAUUACUUAUAUCCUGCUGGUGGUGAAGGUUUACAUCUUAUAGUAGAUGAAAAUAACAAAUUUCGAGAAGAAAAUUUUGCAGCAGCUAUGAAUGUUUUAUCUAAUGUUACUCAACCAGUUAAACAUUGGGGACAGCCAAAUCGACCCACAGCUAACAAUCCAGAUAAUGAAUCAAAUUGCUUCAAGUUAGUUAAAAUGAUCAUGGAACGAAAUUUUGCUCCAGUAAUUGUAUUUUCAUUCAGUAAAAAGGAUUGUGAAAAUUAUGCCAUGCAAAUGUCUAAAUUAGAUUUCACUUCAGAUACUGAAAAGGGGCUAAUUGAUAAAUUAUUUGAAAAUGCCACAAAAGUAUUGUCAGAGGAAGAUCGUAAACUACCAGCAGUUAUAAAUAUAAUCCCAUUAAUUCGUAGAGGCAUUGGUAUUCAUCAUGGAGGUCUAUUACCAAUCUUAAAAGAAACUAUAGAAAUUUUGUUUGGUGAAGGAUUACUAAAAGUUUUAUAUGCUACUGAAACAUUUGCCAUGGGCCUAAAUAUGCCUGCUAGAACAGUUUUAUUUACUGCUCCUCGAAAAUUUGAUGGCAAAGAAAGACGAUUUAUAACAUCAGGAGAAUAUAUACAGAUGUCUGGUCGAGCUGGUAGACGAGGAUUGGAUGACAAAGGUAUUGUUAUGUUGAUAAUCGAUGAGAAAGUUAGUCCAGACACUGUCAGGAACAUUGUACAAGGAAAGCCUGAUUCACUUAAUUCUGCAUUUCAUUUAACAUACAACAUGGUUUUGAAUUUAAUGCGUGUAGAAGAAAUCGAUCCAGAAUAUAUGUUAGAGAGAAGCUUUUUCCAAUUUCAAAAUCAAUCUGCAAUACCAGAAUUAGUUGAAAAAGUAAAAACAUUAUCACUUGAUAAAAACAAAAUAAUAAUAAAUAACGAAUUUGACGUAAGGUCAUACUUUUUAAUUCGUCAACAGUUGGAAGAUUUAGGAAAACAAUAUCAUUCCUUUAUAACAGACCCAAAAAAUUUAGUACCUUUUUGUAAUCCAGGAAGACUUGUUAAGAUUAAGAAGAAUGAUGUAGAUUUUGGCUGGGGUGUUAUUGUCAAUUUCAAAUCUGUAAUGAAGAGUAAACAUGAAGGUGGUGGUAUUGGAGAAACAAUAUUAAAUGUGCUAUUAAAUUUAGAACGAUCUGUUGAAAAUACAGAAGAAGAGCCAAUACCUUGUGCUCCUGGGAAGUUAGGAGAACCUGAAAUUAUUAAUAUCAGACAUAAUAUGGUUGAAGAUUUAAGUUCUUUACGAUUAAACAAAAUGCCAAAUGAUUUAAAAUCUCGUGAUUCUCGAAUGUUACUGUAUAAUAAUGUAAAAGAAGUUUUACAAAGAUGUUCGACUGAUAUUCCUUUGUUGGAUCCAAUUAAUGACAUGCAUAUCAAAGAUGCAGAGUUUGAUAAAGUAAUUGAUCAAAUUGAAAAAUUUGAAAGUAGAUUAUUUGCUCAUCCGUUACACGAAAAAGAAGAUGUUGAUGAACUUUAUAAUAAAUAUUUGGAAAAAGACAAAGUGGAUCGAGAACUUUUAAAAUCUAAAACUGAAUUAAAGAAAGCUAGAUCACUCAUGCAAAUGGAUGAUCUCAAAUGCAGAAAACGCAUAUUGAGGCGAAUGGGCUAUUGUACCGCUGGAGAAGUUAUAGAAACUAAAGGAAGAAUAGCUUGUGAAUUAAGCAGUGCUGAUGAAUUAUUAAUGACUGAAUUAAUAUUCAAUGGUGUGUUCAAUGAUUUAUCAGUACCUCAGACGGUGGCAUUACUUAGUUGUUUUGUAUGUGAUGAAAAAAGUAAUGAAUUGCCCGCAAAAACUGCCGAAUUAGCAGGGCCUUUAAGAAAAAUGCAGGAACUUGCAAGAAAAAUAGCUAAAGUUUGUAAAGAUGCUAAAUUAGAUAUUGAGGAAGAUUCCUAUGUUGAAGGCUUUAAACCAUUUUUAAUGGAUGUUUGUUACGAGUGGUGUCGAGGUGCUACAUUCUAUCAAAUAUGCCAAAUGACUGAUAUAUUUGAAGGAAGUAUAAUACGAGCAAUGAGACGUUUAGAAGAAAUAUUGAGACAAUUAAUACAAGCAUCCAAAAGUAUUGGCAACACUGACCUUGAAAAUAAAUUCAGUGAAUCUGUUAAGAUUGUUAAAAGAGAUAUUGUAUUUGCAGCCAGUCUUUAUUUAUAA